GUGCGACAUUCCAAGAUCUAAGUUUGUCAUUAUGCAAAAGUGCGGUUUAAAUUUUUCAAAAACUAACUGUUUUAGCUUCGCCAAAUUUUCACCUACCAAAACGUUUUCGUAUCCACUAUUCGAAAUAAGUAAAAAAGUCAAAAAUUUUGCAAUAUGUGAAUUCCUUCUGAAUUUCCACGUCGGCGCUACAGAGCGCUGGUGCGCCAAAUAUUGAUUUACUCGGGCGUGUAUGUGCGAAGUGGUCACAUUUCCAAAGUCACCCAAAUUUUGCAAAAAACUAGAGUCAUGUAAUUACCGAAAAGUGCCGGUAAUCCAGUUACUAUUGUCUCAAAGAUGACUUCAACUGAAACAACCGAAAACCAGUUGACUCCUCAAACCCCUGUGCUAACUGUUGCAUGUCGGAUUUUGCGAUCACCAUCGCACGAAUCGGUGACCACGGACUUAUCCUUGUUCUCAGUGUCUUCAGUAGCGUCCGACGCACAAGUGGGGCGCCGCCUUCUUAGCUUCGGCAAGUGUGAUAGCCAAUACAUCAGGGGGCACAGUCCCAAUCCCGAUAGCAGGCUCCAGGGCAGGCCGGCAGAUAUCCCCGAAAUCCUCUGGUUUGAAGAAGAGACUGAAUUGAUAAGAAGCUGUGCGGCCUUGUCAUCUGCUGUAGGUCUUCAGAAGAGUUUCAGUACUAGCGACAUAAGUCAAUUACCCUCGCCCGAAGAUGGUUCAAACGUGCCAGGACUCAGAAGUGCCGUCUCAGAACUUGCUCUUAACACUUUACAACGGUCUGGAUUUCUCCUGGAAAAUGCACGCCUGGACCACACAUCCAGAUCGUGUUCCACAUGGGUGGCCGUUGGUGACAUCGCUUCCACUUCACAAUUGCCCUCACCUCAUGGGGGGCAAAGCGCUGCGACUACUCAGCCUCAAACAGCAACGCCGCCGCCUCCACCGGUCUUUACAGCAGCUGAUUUCAUCCGCUCCGUCAAUAAAAAGGUGCGGCAAAAUUACAUCAGACGAAGACUUCUCACGACUUACAAGGCUCUUGAGCGGCUCUCUCAAAGCGAAUUUAAUUUAGAUAGGCUAGAAAUAACUCCAUCUACAGCAACGGCCAGUGUAAACACAGAGUGUGGACAAAAUUCCUCCUCUGGGCCAGUCCGUCUAACAGUGCCAGGUUCAAGUCCGUCGGCCAAAGCGAAUCCUCCGCCUCCAAAUAGUACUAACGCAGCGGUUCUUCGAGCUGCAAAACAAAGAGCUAGCAAAAAUUUACCUUUGACAAUACGAGAUGUCGAGCGAGAAAGAGGGAAACCCUUGUCAAAGUAUGAAAGAAAUAUGAUGAUUUUCAACUGGCUGCAUACGCUUGAUGAUAAUGUCUUUGUUGAAGGUAUUCAGUAAAAUGUUUAAUAUACUUCAUGGUGCUCUUAUAUGUUUGGGCAUUUUGUUUCAAUUAGCUAACUAUUCAAAAAAAUGUCACAUUUUGUGGAUCACUGUAACAUCAUAUCAAUAAAAUCCAUUUUGUUUUGUCUA